AUGGCGAGUCCUUUUGUCAUCAUUUGGAAAAAGAUAAGAAACAAAAUUGAUAAAUCCAUAUGCUGUUGGAAACUAUCUUCAGGGCCGAAGAAUAUAACCAUGGAUAUGAUCCUUCGAAGUUCGAGUAGAUUCAAGAAGGCCAAGCUCACAGCAUCCCAAUCACAAAUGGAAGAUACUGAAAGCCAGCCAGUCGAUGUUGUUCCAGACAGUCAAGGAAUCAUCCUCUGA